AUGGCGGUCUCUGCAGCGUUGAUGCCCGCGGUGAUUGAGAUGUGGGUGGAAUAUGGCAUUGGAGUUUUGGUUCUCUUUAUACGAAUCUUUACACGAUGGAAAAAGGUCGUGGGUUUCAAAUGGCAGGGCGACGACUACCUGGCCAUUGCGGCCCUUGUGUUCUUCACGUUGGAGGUUAUGAUGUGUCAAAUUAUCGUUGAGAAGGGAAGCAUCACGGGAAUGACUGACGAAAUCGCGUUGAGCCUGACGCCAGAAGAAUACAAGAGCCACGAGACUGGUGCAAAAUGGCUUUUUGCUGCGUGGUAUAUCUACGUCAGCAUGAUUUGGAGUCUAAAGGGUAUUAUGCUCUUCUUCUUCGCUAGAGUCACCAAAACUUUGCCAGAGGAACGCCUAGUCAAGGUGGUGUCCGUGAUAUGCGUCUUUGCCUACUUGGCCACGCUUGCGGUUGUCACAGGACAUUGCCGUCCCAUGCACAAGCUUUGGCAAGUGUAUCCAUAUCCCGGAGAUGACUGCACGCAAAACACUUCCAAGUAUUACGCGUUGGUGACUACAAAUGUCGUAACCGAUAUCAUGAUUAUGUACAUCCCCAUUCCGUUGUUGUGGAGGCUUCAAACCACUCUUCAAAAGAAACUUGCCUUUGGCCUCAUGUUCUGCGCCGGUUUCUUCAUCGUGAUCUGCACGCUGUUGCGGUGCAUCAUCUGUUUGAGCACUCCUGAGAGACUUGACUUGGGAUUGAACUGGUCCAUUCGCGAGACGGUCGUCGCUAUUAUCUGCACAAACGCUCCUUCAAUCAAGCCGCUCUUCCCCCAUCGACGUACCGGCUCCACGAACCCGAGUAAUACUCCUCACUCCGGCCUGGUCACAUUCGGCGGUACCGGCGGCACACACAAGAUGUCGCGGGUCAGAAAUGGCCACCAGAAGCUCGACGAAACAUCCUUGGGAAGUCAGGAGCACAUCGUCGACUCAAAGGGCGUCAGGAACCAGACCACUGCAUUUGCGGACGACCGGAGUUCCGAAGAAGGUGUAAACUACAACACAGGGAUCCAGGUCACCAAGGAUUAUCACGUCGAGGUUGGCCGUUGA